AUGUCCGCACUCUUCGACUUGAACUCGUUCAUCACCACCCUCUUAUUCUUCAUCUGCGCGUGCACGUACGUGAAACUCAAAGCGCCGUAUUUACUCGAACGAGAGACCACCGGCGAGAACAAAGGAAAAGGAGGCGGGUUGGUGAAAUCUGUGUUCUGGAAAGCAGCGAGAGUGGGAGAGCGGUUAUCGCCGUACGUGUCGAUCGGGUGCCUGAUCAUGGCGUGGAGGACGUUUUUUUACGCGUAG